GGCGGAAUUCGAGUCCAUUUCGCGGUAACGUCACAGAAGAAGAAACACCACCGAAGAAGACGCUGUUUCCGGAAGUGAUUCUUUUUUAAAAGUCCAUGUGGGUGAUUUUUUGAGUGCAAGGAAUCUGUGAAAACAUAUUAAAGAUGGGUAAAAAGGGCAAAAAGGACAAGAAAGUAAAGGGGGCAGAAAAAACGGCGGCCAAAAUGGAGAAAAAAGUCUCAAAGAGAUCGAAAAAAGAAGAGGAAGAUCUCGAGGCUCUCAUCGCAGAGUUUCAGUUACUGGAUGCGAAGAAGACGCAGGUUGUGGAGAACACGUGUCCUCCUCCGUCUCCCAGGCUCAACGCCUCUCUGAGUGCACAUCCUGAAAAAGACGAGCUGAUUCUGUUCGGUGGAGAAUAUUACAACGGGAACAAGACUUACUUGUACAAUGACCUUUUCUUCUACAACAUCAAGAAGAACACGUGGGUGAAAUCUGACGUCCCGAACCCUCCUCCACGCCGCUGCGCUCAUCAGGCGGUGGUGGUGCCCCAGGCAGGUGGGCAGUUGUGGGUGUUUGGAGGCGAGUUUGCAUCUCCUAAUGGAGAACAGUUCUAUCACUACAAGGACCUGUGGGUUCUUCACCUCAACACACACACUUGGGAACAGAUCAAGGCUCCCGGCGCUCCUUCUGGCAGAAGUGGGCAUCGCAUGGUGUUGUGUAAAAGGCAACUUCUUGUGUUCGGAGGAUUUCACGAGAGCACAAGGGAUUAUAUCUACUAUAACGAUGUUCACUCCUUUAACCUGGACACCUUCACCUGGUCCCGAUUGGUCCCGUCUGGCUCCGCCCCCUCGCCACGCUCCGCCUGUCAGAUGAGCGCAACGCCGGACGGCACCGGGGUCAUCAUUUACGGCGGCUACUCCAAAUCCAGAGCCAAGAAGGACUUGGAUAAAGGGACCAUCCACUCAGACAUGUUCCUGCUGAAGAAAGAGGGCAAAGAAGAGCAAGAGAAGUGGUCGUGGAGUCGCGUGAACCCGUCGGGGGUGAAGCCUCCUCCUCGCUCAGGGUUCUCUCUGGCCAUGGGUCCAGCAGGACGAGCGAUCGUCUUCGGCGGAGUGUGUGACGAGGAAGACGAGGAGACCCUGGAGGGAGAUUUCUUUAAUGAUCUUUACCUGUACGACAUCAACAAGAGCCGCUGGUUCCCGGGACAGCUCAAGGGGACCAAGUUGGAGAAGAAAAAACGGCGGCGUGGGAAGAAGGCGGAGGAAGACGGAGGACAGGAAAAUGAAACGAAUCAGGAGAGCGACGAAAGAGAGGAACAACCGACAGAAAUCGUGAAGGAGGUCGUCACCGAGGACGGAACGGUGGUGACCAUAAAGCAGGCCGUUCCCACGGCACAGGAGAGCGAGGACGAGGAAGAUGAGGAGGAAGAAGAAGGUGCGGCCGCUCCGGUUGUGGAGCCGUGCCCGAGGUCGAGCGCCAUGGCAACGGUUAAACACGGGAAGCUGUAUUUAUACGGAGGAAUGUUCGAGGUCGGAGAUCGCCAGUUCACCCUGAACGACCUCUACUGCCUCGACCUUCACAAGAUGGAGCAGUGGGAGGAGCUGGUGAAGAUGGAUCCCAAAACUCAGGAGUGGUUAGAAGAAUCCGAGUCGGAGGACGAUGGUGAGGAAGAGGAGGGUAAAGAAGAGGAGGAUGAGGAAGAAGAGUCUUUGGGAGAGGAGGAGGAAGAGAGCGAUGAAGGUGAAGAAGAACAUCCCCUGGUGAAGUCAGGUGAGAGUGUGUGUGAGUAUCAGAAGCGGACCGAGGCGUACUGGCAGCAACUGGCUCGCUCUAACAUGGGCCCUGAUGCCAAGGACAAGAAGGUCAACAAAGUGGGGCUCGCCAUGGCCAAGGUGUUCUACGAGGAUCAGGCGUAGCAGAGGGAGUGUGUGUGUGUGUGUGUGUGUGUGUGUGUGUGUGUGUGUGUGUGUGUGUGUGUGAGAGAGAGAGAGA